AUGCGCAAGCCUAUAACCAUAAUCCACAAAGAUUACCAGAUUGAUGAUCUCAAGGAAGCUGGGCGCGCGCUCGAGGCAAUGCCAAAUGUUACCGUAAGGGAGAAACUCGCGACCUACAUGGAGUUCGGGCACAUCCCCAACAUGGCGACGCUGUUCCUCACCAUGGGUCCCUCCACCCGCACCGCUUACGUGCGUGAUAACGGCCGUCGCCGUGCGUUUCCCGCACGGGGAUUUGCGUCACUUGCGGAAGGAGGAGCAUUACUUGCUUUGGAAGGUGGAACAGCUGCAGGAGGCGGUGCAUUAUUGACGGGGGGAGGUGCAUCAGCUGCAGGGCAGGGUGGGACAGCGAUAGAGGGUGGUGCAUCUGCCGCCGAGGAGCUGGAGGGGGAGGUGCAUCACCUGAAGAGUGGGGGGAAUCAGCUGGAGGGGGAGGUGCAUCUCCUGAAGAGUGGGGGGAAUCAGCCGGAGGGGGAGGUGCAUCUCCUGAAGAGUGGGGGGAAUCAGCUGGAGGGGGAGGUGCAUCUCCUGAAGAGUGGGGGGAAUCAGCCGGAGGGGGAGGUGCAUCACCUGAAGAGAGGGGGGAAUCAGCUGGAGGGGGAGGUGCAUCACCUGAAGAGUGGGGGGAAUCAGAAGGAGGGGGAGGUGCAUCACCUGAAGAGUGGGGGGAAUCAGAAGGAGGGGGAGGUGCAUCACCUGAAGAAGGGGGAGAAUCAGCUGGAAGGGGAGGUGCAUCAGCCACAGGGGGUCUUGACCACGCUGGCUUCCCUGCUGGACACGUGCAUGCAGUGCAGUAGGUCAUGA